AUGACAGGGAGUCAAACUCGCCAUCAGGACGUGAGCGAGCGCCCCCGGGCGCUGACUGGGCAGACCCCCGGCUCUUCGGGCCUGAUGCCUGAGGCGCCCCAGAGGCUCCCACAGGCCCUGCACAUGGGUGGGCCUCACGGCGUGACAGCAGGGGAGGGGCUGCCGGGCGGGUGUCUGUCCGGGCAGCCGCCGCCGCGCUGCCGUGCUGGGCUGCUGGUCCGGCUGCUGCUCCGCCCGCCCACGCCGCUGACCAGCCGCCGGCCGAUGGAGACGCCCAACGCCAGCGUGGGGGCCGCCUUCAUCCUGGUGGGCUUCUCUGACCAGCCCCGGCUGGAGGCCGCCCUCCUGUUCGUGGUCUCCGUCUUCUACGUGCUGACGGUCCUGGGCAACGGCGCCAUCGUGCUGGUGGCGCGGCUGGACGCCCGGCUGCACACACCCAUGUACUUCUUCCUCACCCACCUGUCCGUGGUGGACCUCUGCCACAUGACCACCAUCGCACCCCAGAUGCUCGUGCACCUGCGGGCCCCCGACAGGUCCAUCAGCCUGGUGGGCUGCGCCCUGCAGUUCUUCGCCACGCUGGGCCUGGGCGGCACCGAGUGCGUGCUGCUGGCCGUGAUGGCCUUCGACCGCUACGUGGCCAUCUGCCAGCCGCUGCACUACGCCCAGCUGGUGCCCCCACAGCUCUGCUGCUCCCUGGCCGGGGCCUCCUGGGCGCUGGGCUUCGGGAACUCGCUGGCACACACAGCCUACGGGCUGUCGCUGCCCCGCUGCGGCCACGUCCGCAUCCACCACUUCUACUGCGAGUCGGUGCCCACGCUGCAGCUGGUCUGCGGGGACGUGCGCGCCUACCGCCGGGUCAUCUUUGUCGAGUGCGUGAUCCUCAUCGUCCUGCCCUUGCUCUUCAUCGUGGGCUCCUACGGCUGCAUCGGCUGGGCCGUGGUGGCCAUGAGGUCGGCCGAGGGCCGCAGGAAGGCCUUGGGGACCUGCGGGUCCCACCUCGCCGUGGUGGCGCUCUUCUACACCACCCUCAUCUACAUGUACAUCAAGCCCAAGGGGGCCGUGUCCAAGCACGUGGACCGGUUCGUGGCCCUCUUCUACAACCUCGUGCCCCCCGUGAUCAACCCUCUCAUCUACACCUUGAGGAACAAAGACGCCAAAGGCGCCCUGCGGAGGCUGUUCCUGGGGAAGGGCCUGAGGAGCAUGUGGCCCCGGGCUUGUGGCCCCUGGGAGCAGCCCCCGCGAGGAAAGUGA